AUGGGCGGCGGCAAUCGGUGGUUUAGGCUUGAGGUGUAUCCUCUGUUCGCCGCGACGGGAGUUGUAGGAAUUUGCGCCUUUCAGCUUAUCCGCAACAUCUCCGGCAAUCCUGAAAUCAGGUCUACCUCUUUUCCUCACUAUUUACUGCUGUAUAUAAAUGUUGAAAUGUCUCCAUUGUCUCCGUCGACUGGUUUGCAGCCGCCGUUGGAUCUUUGGCCAAAACAGUUGCCUCGUCUUAGUCGCUUAUCUUCCAGAUGUAGUCUUAUUGGGUAUACGAAUAAUGUAGAGCUUGUGUUGAACAAGGAAAUUGUUAUUGCUUUUCAGAGGAAGAUUGGGGCUUGUUCUUGGCUUAUGUUGAUUUUGAGUUUCUUCUUGUUGAUAAUGGAUUGGCAGGGUGCCGGCGGGUAUUGGUAUUAG